UGUACGUGUGCUUCCGUGCAUGUGCGUCGUCGCAUGAAUUUUCGCAGGUGGUGAUUUUUCGGUGCCGCGACGACAGGGGCCCGAGGUGUGCGCCGGUCGGCGUGUCGGCACUCGAGGAGCACUAACGUGAAUUCGAGGCGCCUUGAUCGAAGGGCGUAGCCCGAAAUCAAGGGAGAAAAAGGGGAUUCGAGGCUGCCUGUAUACGUAACACGUAACCUUGCGUUCGGUUUCUUGUCCAUCCCGUGAGAAAAUUACGAGAACACGCAAUAAGGAGAAGUGAGGGAGGAAGAGGAGGAGGAGGAAGAGAAGAAGAAGAAGGAGGAGGAAGAGGGAAGAAGGUUUGACAAGCGGACCAUCGAACUGGUGUAGCACGACAUUUUACAAUGUCGAGUCGAUUCUUGUCGUCGGUGGCUUAGUUCGGAAAAGUGCUCGACUAGGGUGCGCGUGAGGGGUAGCACGAUUUAUCAGUGAUCAGCGUCCUAAGAAAAAUUGUUGCCAAUGUGUAAUUCGGCGGACACUUCCUACGUACAAAAGUUGGGUUAUCUGCACCUUGAUGAUGACACCGCGGACACUGGUGGUACGGGCAGAGUCUCGGGCUCGAGGCCUGAAGCCCAAGUACCUGUAUCCAGGAACAUAGCUAACAGAAACGAUGCCAGAGCGUCUGGUAGACCGGUCGGUGCUAUCGAGAGCUUUAUCGAAGGCAAUAGCUCGGAUAUUUCCAGACAAACAGCCUCCACCGACUAUAAGCUCUACGAACGUGAAAAUAUAAUAGUUGCUUCGAGAUUCGCUACACCCAAGCCAGUAGAACAGAUCAGUGCACAGCAGCAGCAGCAGCAGCAGCAACAACAACAACAACAACAGCAAAAUCAAACUCGUGGAAGUCACCAACAGGUUCCUGUUUAUGAGAACAUAGAUUAUUAUCAGCAACAGAAUCAGUCGCAUCCCCCUUACUAUCAUCCAGUAGAGUCCAGGAAAAGCCCUAAAAGCAGCCCCAGAGGCUCACUAGCCAGUGAGUCCUAUGAGGGAAACUUUAGGAAAGCUCAGCCACAAGUACCAACUGGUAACCGUUAUCAAAGCACGUCACCUGCAAAGGAACUGCCACCAUAUGAGGCACCACCAGUGUAUGAGAACAUACAGGAAGUACACUUUUCUGACAAUAUACAAAACAAACCAGGUCCUCAGGUUCCACCUAAUUAUUAUCAUCCAGCGAAUAUCAAUGGCGGUGACUAUGUCGUUAUGACUGGAAAAGUAAAUCAAUCUCAGAAUCAGCGUGGAAUGACCCAAAGUUUGUCAUACACGCAACAAAGAGGUGGGAGCACACGUGGUCAAAGCUACGAUGCUUCAAGUUUACAACGAUCAAUUGACUCAUCCACAUCUAGGUACUUACAGGGUUCAUCCUCCACCUCUUCAGACCAUCAAGCUGGAAGGAGCGCUUAUGUUCCCCCUUCUGAACUGCAACCACCAAACAGAAACUUUAGCUAUAGCUCUGAUCAACAACAGCAACAAUCUCCUAGAUCUGGCUUACCGUAUCACAGUGAAUCUCCCCCGAUACGUUUGCCACCUGAACCUCAUCAUUAUCGCAGUGCAUUGGACAAUACCAUAACUGGACAGCAAGGAUUUCGCGCCACAAAUCAAAUUGACAGUCAGUCGUCCCAAUUUCGACAGGAUAAUACUCAGAAUUAUAAACAAUACAUUGAGCCAUCCUCAAGAACUUCGAACGCAAAUUUUCCAGGGGACUCGCAAACCAGGAAUUCACCAGUGUACGGAAUUCGUCCAGGAGAACAGACAGCAUGCCGUAAUUCUCCAUGUUAUUCUCCAAAUCGUGGAAUGCCUCAGAAUGAGAGAAACUAUCAUCAAGAGAAUCGCGCAGAUUUCCCUACGAGGAAUUCUCCCGUUUACUCUUCAAAUCGCUCUGCGGAACACCUGAGAUUAGGUACACUACAACAGAAUGACAGGAACUAUGUGCCAGAUGUAUCAGAUCCCCCAGCUACGAGGAGUUCACCACUCUACUCUCCAAAUCGAAGUGACCCUGCUAGGGUUAUUAUUGGCAAUAAUAAUACAACCAGGGGAUCGCCAAAAACGAGUCCAACGCAUAGUCAAAUAACGUCAGAGAUUAAUUCACAGAGUAUAAUCAAUUCACCUAGACAUGGGCCACUUUCUUCAUCUAACAAUAUCAUGGGGAGUCCUGUACGUGGGCAGGUGCAAGCACCUGUUACUAGUGCUUCAACUACAACCAAUGAAGCUGACAUUAAUAUUGGUCCUAGGAUAACUAGUCUCCCCCCUGGCGUCACGAGCGGAGUUGCAGGGCCCGUAUUUCUAAAUGCCGGUGUACCUGUAUUACAAAGGCCCUCCGAUCCGGAAGCAGAAGAUAUAAAACCUGUUAGUCCGCCAAUGAAACCUGCAUCUGGGAAAGGAUUGCUUCCCUACAAUGUCAUCCCACCUAGACCUUCGGGGCCAACGGAAGCAGAGAGAAAGAUAGAGGAACUGACAAGACAGUUGGAAGAAGAAAUGGAGAAGCAGGAGGAGGAAGGAGAAUAUUUCGGUAUUUGCCAUACAUGCGGUGAGAAAGUGACCGGCGCCGGACAAGCUUGUCAAGCAAUGGGCAACCUCUAUCAUACUAAUUGCUUCAUAUGCUGUUCCUGCGGAAGGGCGCUCCGCGGCAAAGCUUUUUAUAACGUCCACGGGAGGGUUUACUGCGAGGAGGACUAUUUGUACUCCGGUUUCCAACAGACGGCCGAGAAAUGCGCGAUUUGCGGCCACCUUAUCAUGGAAAUGAUACUGCAAGCGAUGGGCAAGUCGUAUCACCCAGGUUGCUUUAGGUGUUGCGUGUGCAACGAGUGUCUCGAUGGCGUUCCCUUCACAGUCGAUGUUGACAACAAGAUUUACUGCGUGAACGAUUAUCACAGAAUGUUCGCGCCCAAAUGCGCGUCUUGCGGGAAGGGAAUUACGCCUGUUGAGGGCACCGAGGAGACGGUCAGGGUAGUCUCCAUGGACAAAGACUUUCAUGUGGAUUGCUACGUUUGCGAAGACUGCGGCAUGCAGUUGACCGACGAGCCGGAUAAACGGUGCUACCCACUCGACGGCAGGCUUAUGUGUCGUGCGUGCCACAUUCAACGUAUAUCCCACACGCAACCGAGAGCACCGCAGCCAGUAUCGGCGAGUUAUCAGUUCAUGGGCUAAGCCGCAUCGGUGGUCGUGUUUGAUAUUGUUAGAUAGAACUGCGCAUGUAAUGAUCGUCCGAUAAUGAAUAAUCCGUAGAAAUUAACUGACAAAAAAUGUCCAGCAAUGUGAACGUUUAGACAAUCUGGAACUGCGUAUGAAUAUGUAAGGCAAAAGUUGACCUAAGAACAAAACAACUUUUUGUUGGUGCUCAAAAAUGACUCUACAGGUAGAAAUAGAGAUCCCUCAAAACUAUGAGGAGUAACAAAAUGAGGGAUGAUAAAAUGAUAAAAAGAAAAUUUUACUUGACCUUUUCUGGUCUAACGUGGUUAUAGAUUUUCAGAAAACGUUUUAGAAAUUUUAUGCUCGAUUAUUCAUCAUUUUUAGAAUUUUUUAAAUAUCUGACUGCAAUUAAAAAGACAUUUUAACACUUUUUUUAUACAACUACUAUAUAUAUAUAUAUAUAAAUGGAAUGAUACAAUCUUUGUCAGGUAAAACCAGUCCUUUGUGCGUGCGGCAUUUGCUACAUUCACAUCGUAUACGAUUACUAUGCAAAGAAAAAUAUCUGUAUUGGCUGCAAUAGUGGUCACUGUUAAUCUUAUUAUGGUAUGUAUUCAUGUACCAUAAUACGCUGAUAUGUUAUCAUAAUCUUUUAAUGCAAGAUAUUGAAUCAAUUGAUAUAUUAUCGAUAAUAGCGGCUGAUAAAGUGAUAUACUAUAAAGAGGUGACAACGACUGCCGAUUAUCUCGUGUGCAUUAAGCAUAUUUCAAAUAUCAAAAGCAGAGUGUAAUUUUAACUGUCUUAAUUUUAUGUAAAACGCUAUGACGAUUGUGUAAGACUGCAUAUUAGAGAACCUGAAUCAUAUUAAACUUUGGGAUUAUUUUAAUCAGUUGAAGAAGACGAAUAGAUGGUUAUAGAUAAGUGUGGUAUGUCUAAUAUAUAUACGAACCUUAUUUAUUUAUCCAAAAUACUUUCUUCUGUGAAUGCAGUGGUCUCAUUACGAUGAACGAGUUGCGCAGGCAACUGUGAUAUAAUAGCAUAAUAGUUAUUCGUGGUUAAACAUGAAUUCCGUACUUCUUAUAGCGCAUGUAUAUAUCUACCACAUUUUUAUCGCAUGUUUAUCAUAACUCAAAUUUAUGACGAAAACUCAGGAACAUUCCUGUGAAUUCCCUUCGUCAAUAAUCAGUUAUCAUCGUAUUUCACGUAUCAUUCAUUGACAGUAUUUAUUAGAAUAAAUAUAUCGUCCUGCUGUAAGAACGCGCGUAAUAUUGAAAUCUAUCGGUAUAUAAUGAAACAUGUGGUCUGUUCUUUGUAAUUGCAUUACUGAACUGAUGCACACUGAUGCAAUAAGUGAGAGUGAAAAAAAGAUAUACUUAUCUAACUUAUUUCACCAGUUCAGCAGUGCGGCUACAAAAAACAGACCAGUAGUAUGGUAUACUUCGAGGGUUAAUACCGACGCGUUUAGAGUUUCCGCGGCACAAAGAACGGAGGCUGAAUGAAUUCGUUUGGAAUAUAAAAGUGUGUAGACAGUAUCAACAAGCGACAAUAUCGUAACACUGAAAGACGCACAACUUGAAGCUGCCAAAAAACUGUUGUUACUCUUCACAAGAUUAAUAAACGUAGCUAUUACAUUUAAAUAGCUUUAAGUUGUAGAUAAAAGUGUAAUCUUAUUUAAAUAACGUAUACGGUAUGUAUAAAUAGCAGUCCUUCAAUAAAGACACAAAUAUACUUAAA